GGUAGUGUUUUAAAAUUUUUUGGGGAUUUUCAACGUUUAUCUGGACACUAAGGGAUUUAACUGAAUUCAAUCUACUAAGAGAUGUCAUCUGAGAGGGGAAGCCUUUCUGAAGUUCAAAUUAAACUUGUGGUUAAACGUGCACAUCUUGAUCAAUCAUUGGAUUGGAAUUCAUUGGCUAGAGUACAACUAAACAAGUGUAAAUUUAAUUUUACUGCUGAAGUUCUACCACCAGGAACAUCUGCUAUACCAGCUAUAAAUUCUAUUCCAUUCUAUGUAACUCCUAUUGUACGUGGUCCACGUCCUUAUUUCGAUCAAAUUGUCAGUUUCAAAGCUGAUGUUGAUAGUAUCAUAGAAUUUCGUCUUUCUGUACGUGAUAGUAAACGUGAUGAAGGUACUGAAGUUGGAUAUGGUCGAUUUACUGUUCGCAGUGUUGCAGCUACCAAUGGGAAUCAAUUGAGCAAUUUGGCAUUUUCACAACCAAUUAAACCACUUCCGUGGUUGCAUAAUUCUACUAUUUCUUCAUCGAGUUCAUUAGGCAGUAUUGAUUUGUCAAUUUCUGUGCCAAUACGUGAAUUAAGCAGUGCAUUAUUAGCUCAACAUUUGUCUAGAUCAAUAUCCAUGAUAACAGCCAAUUCUGUUAAUGGUCGUCAUACUUCUGGAUCACAAUCAGAAUCAACUUCAAGUAUUACAGUAAGAUCACCGUCUACUGAUCGUACGAUGAAUAAUCACUUGGUAGACAGUGGUGGCGGGGUUGGACCAACUUUAAACCCAUCUGCUAAUCACAGUAAUAAUAAUAAUAAUAACAACACAGAGAAUGCCAAUGACUUCUCGUUACCACCUGGUUGGGAAGCUAAAUAUACUUCAGAAGGACGAAUAUAUUAUGUGGAUCAUUUAACGAAAACAACAACAUGGUGUAAACCUACUUCACUUCCGCCUGGAUGGGAACGUAGAACAGAUAACGUUGGUCGAGUAUAUUAUAUCGAUCAUAAUACUCGAACUACAACAUGGCUUUGUCCAAAUCAAACACUUUUAAAUACAGUACAAAAUUAUCAACAAAUGACUGCUUCACGAAAUGGUAUUAUGCAACAACGAAUGAAUGAACGUUAUGCGAAUGCUGUUUGGAAUUUAGGUGAAUCAGAACCACUAGACGCUAGUUCACGAACAAAUACUUCAACUGGUGGUGUAAUGGAUCCAUUAGGUCCUCUACCAGCUAACUGGGAACGACGUGUUGACAUAUCUGGCCGUUCGUAUUUUGUUAAUCAUGUUAGUCGAAUCUCUCAAUGGGAAGAUCCUCGUAUACAAGGUCAUCCAUUACCUCCUGGUUGGGAAAUUCGUUAUACAACUGAAGGAUUUCCAUUUUUUGUUGAUCAUAAUACUAAAACAUCGACAUUCAAUGAUCCCAGACGAAAAGAUGCAAGUGGGAAUAUUGAACAAGCAUGGUCAUUUGAAAAUAAAGUCGCCAGUUUCCAUUAUCUUUGUCAUUCAAAUUUGGUGACAAAAAAUGUAAAAGUUGUUGUAUCCCGUAGUAAUCUUCUAGUGGAUUCAUUUGAACAAAUUAUGCGAUUGAAACCACAUGAAUUACGUUGUCGUUUGUUCAUUUCAUUUACUGGCGAAGAAGGUUUAGACUAUGGCGGGUUAUCACGAGAGUGGUUUUUCAAAUUAUCUACAGAAUUAUUAAAUCCAAUGUAUUGUUUAUUUGAAUACGCCGGUGGUAAUAAUUAUGCAUUACAAAUUAAUCCUGCAUCAUCGGUUAAUCCGGAACAUUUGGAAUAUUUUCGAUUUGUUGGACGAUUUAUUGCUUUAGCAUUAUAUCAUUCUAGAUUUAUUGAUAAUGGUUUCACUUUACCAUUUUAUAAACGUAUGUUAAAUAAAAAUAUCACUUUAGCCGAUAUUGAAACAGUUGAUGUGGAAUAUUAUAAUUCAUUGAAAUUUAUUCAAGAGAAUAAUAUCGAUGAAUGCGGAUUAGAUGUCUACUUCGCUAUGGAUUAUGAAGUGUUGGGUGAACUACGAACGCAUGAAUUGAAACCAGGCGGUAGAGAUAUUCUAUUGACUGAUGCAAAUAAAGCUGAGUAUAUUGAUCUAAUGGUUAAUUGGAGAUUUUCUCGUGGAGUAGAAGAUCAAACAAAUGCAUUCCUUACUGGUUUCGAAGAUGUAUUUCCUCUUCAAUGGUUACAAUAUUUUGAUGAACGUGAAUUAGAAGUUAGUAAAUGUUCAUCUAUUUUGUUUUUUUUAUUCAGGAGAAGAAAAAAAAAACAAUUCAUUGAAAAGAAAAUUGAAAUAUUUUUAAAAUUUUUCAAUAAUCGUGUUUACACUGUUGAAAUUCACAUGGAAACAAAUUUUGGACUUUCAAAUCAAAAAUUCCUAGUUUUGGUGAUUGAACACUGAUUGCUUAUCGGAUACUAUCAAUCAAUGUUACCAUGUCACUCUAUUGAUCUGAUUGAAAUUCUAUAAGUCACAAUUUCUCAUCGUAACAUUCGGUCAGUCAGUUACAACGUAGGACCAGGCACAUAUAAGCAUCAGUCCAAGUUGCUAUAUUAUACCGCAUUAGCACAACAAGAUGAACACCAGAUCCAUAAAAGUAGUUAAUUCAGAGGUGGUAAUAUAUAAAAGAAAGAUGGCAAUAAGGAUAUAGUACAGGAAGAAAGAAUUAGUUAGUAAAAAGAAAGAUAUGAAGCGAUUUUAAUCUCUUAGUGUGAGAAAAGACAGAGAGUGUAUACACCGACGCCAUUGUGAUCGAUUCUGAGCCAUGUCACCAAGAGUCUCCGACCGUUGUUUACGAUAGUCAUGUGGACCCCAACCAAGUAGACUGCAUCUACCAACAUGGCUCAGACUAGAAGUUAGUGAAUUCAAGCACUGAUGCCACGUUUUGGUUUGGCCGCCCCCAACUUUUUUCCAACCAUCGCCAACACUAGUCAGCAUUGCGUGUCGUGGUAAUCGGUGGUUAGGCAUGCGUAAUACUUGACCCAACCAUCUCAGUCGAUGAAGAUUCACAACCUCAUCAACUAAUUAACCAUCAUUCCCUAAUACCCUGAGUUUAACCUCACUAUUACUUACAUGGUGAUCCCAGCAGAUGCAAGCAAUAUUUCUAAGACAUCUUUAGUCGAAUACUAGUAUCUUACAUGUAUCUUCUACUCUUAAUGGCCAUGUUUCGCAGCCGUAGAGUAGGACAGAACGAACUGCCGCGCAGUUGAUAGACUGAUAUCUCGCCUUCGUAACAUUACGCUUUAAUUGAUAUGAAAUCAGUUUGAUAUUUCUUUAGUUCAUCCUUGAAACCUAAUUUGUUUACUUCACUAUAUGACUGACAAGAUUGUGUACGUUAACACAACCAGAUCAACAUAAAAAUCACGUAAACCUUGAGCUUAUUUUAUUACUCCCAGUUGUUAUCUGCAUUCAUAGUCAACACAGAAUGUGAUAAGUCGCCAGACCACAUUAAUCUGACUGAAAAGUAAACUGAAAAUAUGAAUAGCAUAAGUGUCCACAAUAACAGUAAUAUCGGUGAGGAAUUAAAAAGACUAAAUAUUGAAGAAUGUGAUUAAAAAUGAAGAAUGAAUACGAAAAAGUAAAAAAGUACUGAGUAAUAUUAAAGUUUUUGUCCACCAGAGUUCUUGAUACCUAUGUGGUUGCGGCACAGGGCUGAGUGAUAUUGUCCAAGUCGUACUGUAAGAGACUGUAUAGUCUCUGAUCCCCUUAAAAACCAAUGUAAAAUUACCGCCUUGCAGGGUAUUUACGUAAUUGUGAAUGUUAACGUCCCAAACGUAGAGGAAGACAAAAAGUUAAUGGAUC